AUGGAGCGCCGCGCGCCCGACACCACCGUGGGGGACCUGGUGAUGUACAACACGCGGCGCGAGGACUCCGGCAACUACUCCUGCGCGCCCUCCAACCUGGACUCCGCCUCCGUCGUACUGCACGUGCUGAGCGGAGAACAACCGGCGGCGAUGCAGCACGGCAACGCGGCUGCGCCUCGGGCACCCGCCGCCCGCCUGCUGCUGCUGCUGCCGGGCGCGCUGGCGGCCCCGGCGGAGCUGCGCGCGAGCGGGCGCCGGCUGCUGCGGCUGCUGCUGGCUGUGGCGCUCGCGGUGCUGCUGCCAAACUCCCCUGCAGCUCUCCGAGCCAUCAGGACGAUUAACGCGUUCUUGACAUCAGCUCCUGACUACGAUGUGUUUGCUGGCAGAUGGCGGCGCCCCGCCCGGCCGGCGCCCGCCGCGCCCCGCCCGGCGCCGCAGGUCCCGGCGCCGCAGGUCCCGGCGCCGCAGGUCCCGGCGCCCGCCGCCCCGGCGCCGCAGGUCCCGGCGCCCGCCGCACCCCGCCCGGCGCCGCAGCUGCACGCCGCCCCGGCGCCCCGCGUUGAUGGCGCCCCCGUGCCCCCGCGCCCGCGCCACACGUCCACUUACAAUACUUAUUGUACAUUUCGAUAUUCCGCGAGGGUGUGA